AUGGCUCCCAAGGCUCCAGCGAAAAAACAGGAGAAGAGUGGUAAUCAAGUCAAGAAGGUUCAGAAUAGCAAAAAUGAACCCAAGAAAUCACAAAAACCUUCAAAGUCACUUAAAGCCCUAAAAGGUGUAAAAGGUGGCAAAGUAGUGAAGGCAGGGAACAAAAAGUCUGCAGCUUCUCUGAAGGCAUUGAAAGCACAACGGGCCGUCACACUUGGUGCACACACAAAAGGCAAGAAGAGGGUGAUGUAUACCACGCGAUUUAGGCGACCUAAAACGUACAAACCUCCUCGCUGUCCAAAAGACAGAAGAUUCCUGAUCCCUAAAAGGAACAAACUUGAUGCCUUUCGUAUCAUUCAACAUCCGGUUACCACCGAAGCUGCAAUGAAGAAAAUUGAAGAUAACGACACAUUAGUGUUCAUUGUUGACCGAAGAGCAAACAAACCAGCAAUCAAGGCAGCUGUCCAAGAACUUUAUAAUAUCAAGGUUGCAAAAGUCAACACGCUUAAUUGCCCUAACAAUGUUAAAAAAGCAUACGUGAAGCUACCUCCUGAUUUUGACGCUUUAGAUGUUGCAAAUAGAAUCGGUAUUAUAUAA